AUGGCAUCUUCAUUCCCAGAGGCAAAGGUUGACAAAGCCGCCCGCGAGGCAGAGUACCAGGCACUCUGGCAGGUCUGCGAUCGCGCAACUCGCAAGCCCGAGUACAUCUACGGCGACGAAAGACUCAAGCGCUCUUUUCUCGAAGACACAUGUGACGCUCUCAUGCUCAAGAGACAGAAGCUCGGCAAGGUUCCCUGCGGAACUGAUAUCAGCGCCAUGGUGACCCUUCAUCUCCAGCGCGAAGUCGCCGGCCGUCUUCUCGCGGGUGCUCGUAUGGCUGCUCCAGCCCCUGCUCCCAAUCCGAUGCCGUACACUGGAAACGGCCCUGCAUUCAAUCAGCCCCAGAAUGUGUAUGCUGCGAACCCGGAUCCCUUCAACGGAAACCCAGGUCCCUACAAUGGCAAUCCAGCUCCGUACAACAUCGCCCAGGCACCGCUACCAAUCCCCCAGCCCCGUGCUCGUGCUUCUCCCCCAGACUUUGACUUUGCCAUCCCGGACACUAACGAAGACCUGCGGCACGACAUGGACAAAGUCAUCAACACCCUUCGCCAGUACGCCCAAAGAAUCGCCACUCUUGAAAACCAAGCCGCAACUAUUAAAAGCCAAGUUGCAGCUCGUGAAAGCCAAGUCGCCACUCUUGAAAAGACAGUCGCCAAGAUCACUCAUGAGCGCGACAUGUACAAGGCUGGGACGGUGGGCAUGAUGAACGCCGACAUGAAAAAGUCAGCUUCCGUCUCUCCUGGCAUGUUCACCUACCCCGUCGAGGGGAUCGAGGGCUUGUCUGCCGCUGCCUAUCCACACCCCAGACCUCUCACGCCUAGAAGUCAGACGCAGGAAGGGGAUGAGGAAGGGGAUGCGACGUAUCACCCUGGAAAUUGA